AUGCGUACUACUGUUGCAAGCAACAAACUACAAUCAUGUCAAAACAUAUAUGAUAGCGAUAGGAGCAAUAGAUUUGCUCUCUUGAAUUCCUCGAAUCAGGAAAGUGCAAAGUUGGCCAUCGUUGGUCUCGGACCAAGAGGUCUCGGCAUUCUCGAACGUUUGACGGCUAUCUAUGAUCGACACAAACACAACUAUGACAUGGAUCUUUAUCUAAUUGAUCCCGGCCUCUAUCCUGGACAAGGAACACAUUCAUCAAAACAAAAUGCACACUUGCUGAUCAAUACAGUUGCCUGUCAAAUCACAAUGUUCGGCGAUGACACAGUAAAAAACUAUGGCCCAUUGAGAACAGGACCAGGACUUCUUAAAUGGGCAAAUCAACGAGGAUAUCGACGAAUGCCGAAUAAUCAGUAUUUAAUUACAACUGAUAAGGCAAGUGAAGAAAUUCAAGAAAAUGACUAUCUACCCCGCUCAAUACUAGGCGAAUAUCUCAAAUGGGUAAAUGAUUAUCUAAUUCAAGAAUUACCCACAGGAAUUCGAGUUCACUACUACAACAAUACUGUCACUGACAUCAUACAAUUAGACGACGGUAACCUUCGAAUAAUUCUCGAUGGUGAUCAUUCGUUUGCUGUUGGGGCAGCUGUAUUGACACCGGGACACGGUCAGAAUCGUUUGGACAAGGUUGAAAAGAAGUACCUCCAUUUUGUCAAAGAUAACCGAUCUCGCAAUCUUCAUUUGGAAUACCUUCGUUGCUAUCCACUAACUCAAUUACAGACAGUCCAAAAGGGAGCCAGAGUAGCCAUUCAGGGACUCGGUUUGUCCUGUCAUGAUAUUUUAUCUGAAUUGACAUAUGAGCGGGGUGGUCGCUUUGUUCAAUGUGACGAUGGGCAGGAAUUGACUUACGUUAAAUCGGGACAGGAACCAGCAAAAAUCUACAUUUAUUCUCGAAAUUGUUUGCCAUUUAGUGCUCGCGGGAAGAAUGAAAAGGGUGUUGGUGGUCAAUAUCAAGCACGGUUUUUUACUCGAUCAGUGAUUGAUCAACUUCGAGAAAAGAGCGGGCCUCAACUCGAUUUUGAUACAGACCUAUUGCCCAUUCUAGUCUAUGAAAUGUGUUUUGUCUACGACUGUACACUAAACAACACUUGGGACAUUCCCCUCGACAAGUAUGAACCGGAUGAAAAAACUCGUCAGAUCAUUCAUCACUUAUAUUAUCCAUUGGAAAAUGUCGAAUUCGCUGAUUUCGAGUCAUAUGUUUUGUGGGUUAUCCACUUUUUGGAAAAUGAUAUCGACGAAGCAUACAAGGGAAACGUGACCAGUGCAGUAAAAGCAGCUACCGAUGUGUUGCGUGAUCUAAGAGAUACAAUUCGAUAUGUCGUAGAUUUUCGUGGCCUCACGCCAGAAUCUCAUCAUCGUUUUCUCAAAGAGAUUUGUCCUAUAAUGAAUCGUAUGGCUGUUGGUCCCCCAAAGGAGAGAAAUGAACAGUUAUUAGCUCUUUUACGAAGUGGCUUAGUUGAGUUUGCUUCCGCAUCACAUCCCAAAGUUCGAACAGACGCAACUAGUGCUACAUUUGUCAUAUCAUCAAUGAAGCGUGAAGUUCAUGCUGAUGUUCUAGUGAAAGGUAUGAUUGAGCAAUUUAUUCCACAUCGAGAUGAAUCUCCGCUUAUUCAAAACAUGCUGAAACGAGGACUCAUUCGACCCUUUUUAAACGGUGACUUUCAUCCCGGUGGUAUCGAUGUGAACCGGCAGCAAAAUCCGAUCAGCGCCAACGGUACCUGUAUUCGAAAUUUGUGGGCAUUGGGCAAUAUUUGUGAAGGUCCAAAUUGGUAUACAUAUGUAUUGCCAAGACCACUGGUGAACUCACGAUCAUUACAGGAUGCUGGAAAAUGUGCAUUAAACAUUUUCGAAUAUCUAACGAAUCGCAAUAAAAAUCUUUAA